AUGAUUCCUACAGUUGUUAGUGGGUUAAUUUUGAUGAAGAAGAGGAAGAUGAUGGAGGUAUUUCCUCCAUUUGUAAGGAAGUUAUGGAAGGAAUGGGAGCUGCGAGCAAUGGCGAUCGUCAGCCUCCUGGUUCAAAUAGUCCUCAUCGUCUUGGGGAAGCGUAGAAGACACAUCCCUGAUAGAUGGAUUAGAGCCGUUGUUUGGUCUGCUUACUUGCUGGCUGACUCCGUAGCAACUAUUGCCCUUGGCAUACUAUCAAAUGAUCUAGGUGAUAUAUAUAAUGAUGGUGGUAAACUUGAAAGAGAUAAUGAACUUACUGCCUUAUGGGCACCCUUUUUCCUGCUGCAUUUGGGUGGCCCUGAUACAAUCACUGCCUACUCCUUAGAAGACAAUGAGUUAUAUUUAAGGCACCUUUUCGGACUACUCGUCCAGACAAUAGUUACAUUCUACAUUGUCUUAUUGGCUUGGACUGGUUCCCGUCUAUCAUAUCUGGAUAUUCCAAUGAUUGUGGUUGGAUCCAUCAAGUAUGGAGAGAGGACAUGGGCCCUUUGGAAAGCUAGCAGUGAUGAACUUCAAGAUUCAAUGCUCUCUUCUCCAGACCAUGGUCCUAAUUAUGCGGAGUUGAUGGAUGAAUACAGCUUGAGACACGCUGAGGGGUUUUUUGUAGAGAUAGAAGAGGUGAAAGAAGUUCAGGAUGAAUCACCUACACCUGCAACUGCAGAUGACUCUCAAGGAAACAUAAUUAACGCAUAUACAAUGUUUCAGACCUUCAAGCGUCUCUUUGCAGAUCUCAUUUUGAGCUAUCAAGAACUGGAAAAAAGCCAAUCUUUAUUCAAGAAUAUGUCUCAUGAAGUUGCAUUUGAUGUGAUAGCAAUUGAACUAGGAUUCGUGUAUGAUCUGCUGUACACCAAGGCAACAGUAAUUUACACUGCUUGGGGUAUUGUUCGCCGCAUUGUCACUUUCUCUCUCACCUGUAUUGUGCUGGUAAUUUUCUCUUUUGAUGACAUGCGGAAGUAUAAAAUGGUUGACAUUGUUAUAACUUUCCUGUUACUUGGAGGAGCUAUUUUGCUAGAGAUUUAUGCAGCAUUUGUACUGGUUUCCUCAGACCAGACUAAGCGUUGGCUGAUUAAGCACAAGCAAACUAGAAUUUCACAAGCCAUCAGUCGUAUAGAACUGGUUAAUCUACCUAGAUGGUCUGGACGUAUGGCGCAGUACAAUCUACUAAGCCUCUGCCUCAAUGAAAAACCUGGCCUUAGACUAUUGGAAAAGCACCGUUAUAAAUCUGAAGAAACAUUGGAAGUAGAUUUAAGAGAGCUGAUUUUUAAACAUGUAAAAGGGAAAUUUGAUCUAAUGGAAACAAAGGGAGACAAAGAGAUCUACACAGAAAAAAAGAUAAAUGAUUUAGUUGCUACACAGCGCAUCUCAAGAUACAUGCUGUAUCUCCUUGCUGUCUAUCCUACCAUGUUACCGAUAGGAAUUGGGCUUAUCGGGCUCCGAAACACCCGUGCUGAAGCCGAGAAGUUUUUUGAAGAGCGAUUGUCCACUUCUGUUGCGAGGGAAAACUUAAUAAACGUAGCUUGUGAGAUGUUGCUUCAAGUGAUCACUUCUGAUGCAGGGAACAACUUGAGUGAGAUGUUGCUCCACGAGAAAACUCAUGUCGAUCCCAUCAAAGUGAAAGGGGAUAGAAGCAAAUCCGUUUUGUUUAAUGGGUGCAGACUGGCAUCAGAAUUGAAUAAAAUAACUGAUAGGAAGGUUAAAUGGGAGGUGAUAAGAGAUGUGUGGCUGGAGAUGCUAACAUUUGCCGCAAAUAAGUGUAGAGGGAGGCAGCAUGCUUAUCAGUUGAGACGAGGUGGAGAGCUCCUAACUCAUGUUUGGCUUCUUAUGGCACAUUUUGGCAUGAAUGAGGAGUUCGAGACACAUGAACGCGAAUUUGUACUUACUGCAAUAUAG